AUGUCCAAGGAAAGCUCCAAUCAAGAAGACAAAGAAGGAUGGACCGACAAUGGUGGCAGCCGAGAAGAGACUGGGGACGAAGAAACCGCAGCCACUAAAGUCCAAGAAGCGGAGGAGGAAGACGUAAAGGCUGCUAGAGACGUGUCGUUAGUUAAAAGCGGUACGAUUGUUGUCCUUCCACCAGAAAAUACAAAUGAUAAUGAUGAUGGCAAGAACAACAAUAUGUCCAUUGGUCGGUUCGAUCAAAUUCCUGACCAUGUCGUCCGAACAGCUCCCCGUAAAGGAAUCGCUGCUGCCUCAAACUACACCAUUGCGGGAGGAGAUGUGAUCCCAUUGCCACAACGACAGCCAUACCGUCCCACGGUGCAACCAGGGGCCUACGCUGUCAACAACUCCCCACGGAAUAAUACUGUUGCACCCUCUCCACCAGAAUCACUGCACGAAGAAGAACAAGAAGAAUCGGUAGCCGAACAGACACAGCAGGACAGGCAAAACAGCGUGGAUGCGAGUGCCCAACAAAAUUGUCCAUGGGAUAUUACUGGUACAUCCCGCCAAAUGAUGAAUCCUAUGAGCAGUAGUGACAAUGACAAUGACGACGACGAUACCACAGUGGAUCUCGAUUUGGGAGUUCUGGUGGAAGCAAAUCCAGUGGAACCACGCGACAGUUUCAUGGCACGUCAACUGCCAGCAGCAGAAAUGAUUGGAAGCGAGGAAUUGAGAGUCAUGGGGGACAGAAAACAAAAGUCCAGGGAACAACGAGACAAGCAACAAAAACAAAUCUUGGUCUAUGCAUUUUACGGACUGGCUUCUUGUGUGGUCUUUGCAGUAGUACUGGGAGUUGUCCUCUGGAAUCGCAGUAGUGAAGAAAGUUCGACGACUGGUGGUAUGAUUACUACAACAACAGCCUUUCCAUCCAUGCCACCAUCAUCGGAUUCUCCAUCCAGUGCUCCAACAGAGGCUCUUGAUUUUAUGCUAGGGGAUCUUCCAGAGGACUCACAAAAACAUGCCUAUGGAAGAUUCAAUGAGGACGGAGCAUACUCUCAAGAACGGAGGGAUGUAAAUGUGGACCCUUGCGAUGGACAAGAUAGAAUCCAAGCCAUCAUCCUUGAAGAUUUAGAACUCUCUGGGACCGACCCUUUCCUGCCUCCAGAAAUUGCACUCCUUUCAUCUCUUGCGUACAUUUCCUUCCGCUGGUCUGCAAUCAAUGGCACCCUAGGCAAUCUAAUCCCAUCAGAAAUGUACCACAUGCCAAAUCUUACUUUCCUGGCUCUCAACAACAACAACCUUUUGGGAGGAAGCAUUCCAAGCGAGCUCAGCAUGAUGGCAUCUCUACAAGAUCUCCAGUUGGAUGACUGUUCCCUCUCAGGCAGUCUGCCCAGUGAGUUGGGAUUGCUGCAGAACCUGCAGUACCUGUCUGUUCACCGCAACCAAAACAUAGAGGGCAUAAUCCCCACAGAGUUUGGUAUGAUGACCAGCAUGCGGCGAAUGCACUUCAAUCAGAACAAAAUUGCAGGUUUGGUCCCCAGCGAAAUUGGACAAAUGACAAGACUACGACAGCUAAAACUUGCCAAGACGUCCAUCACAGGCCCCAUACCCACCGAAUUGGGUCUUCUUGAGAACAUGAUGGACUUGAGAUCACAAAAGACCAAGCUCACAGGUUUCCUGCCCAGUGAGUUUGGUCUGUUGACUAAGCUUUCACUACUGAACUUUGGACACAAUAAUCUACAAGGAGAGAUCCCUACAGAGUUUGGAAAGCUCACCAAUCUGACUGAACUAUAUCUUAUGAGGUCAUCCCUCUCUGGGCCUAUCCCCUCUGAGUUUGGGUUGAUGGCCACCCUGAAAGAGCUCCAGUUGGAUGGGAACAGGCUUUCUUCUUUACCAACGGAUUUGUGGCGACUGACAAACAUGGAAGAGCUCACGAUCAGUGGGAAUUCAUUCGAUGGGAAGUUUCCAUCUGAGAUGGGACUCUUGACAGCACUGGUGGACUUGAAUGCUGACUCGAGCUCCUUCACUGGGAUCCUUCCUAGUGAGCUUGCUCUGCUGACAAGCAUGGCUACACUGCAGCUGGGUGGCAACCAGUUUUCCGGAUCUAUCCCAAACGAGCUGUCUACUUUGGCAGUGAAUGGUUCCCUGGAGCUAUUGACUCUAUUGGACAACUCCCUUUCUGGAGUAGUCCCGGAUGGCUUGUGUAGCUUGGACCAAUACAACCCCAACGGCAAAAAGCCCAGAGGCCUAGUGUUUGACUGUGGUGGUUUGCUCUGUGGGUGUGAUUGGUGCGGGUGUAGUCUUAGGCUAUAG